AUGGUUAAGAGUAACUCAAAGAAGAACACAUUGAGAAGUUCCUUGGACGGCAAGGUCGAGAAUCUCAUAUACCGUCUGCUGGAGGAAAAAUCUCUUGAAAAGAAGAGAGCACUCAUUGCAGAGAACAACGGCGACGAAAAUGAGAUUGCAGCUGAUGAUGAAUCCUUUCUAACCAUGUGCUAUGCUAAAGACUUGGAUGCGCCAGAGAUCUUUAUGUUUUGUCAAACAAAGGACUUGUCGAUGUUGAGAGUAAAAAAGAUUGUGCUUCAAAAAACUAUUGAAAAAGUAUGGAAACAGAUGAUUCAGGAAGAAUCUGAGGAGUUUGGGGACAUACUAGAACAGCCAGAAUUGAAUGCGAAUGAUCAAAAAUUUAAAGACGAGAAUAUGAUGAUCGUUGACGAUAGCAACGACAUGAACAAAAGUAUAACAAACCAGUGGAACCGCAAAUCAGAGCCUCAGCCUUCCAGUGCUACUCCAAACCCUGCUGAGCUCUCUUCGGCAAACUCAAAGAAGCGCAUCAAAGAAUCCACAACAUCGAAGGCCAAGCGACAGAAGGUCAAAGAAGACAGAACACCACCAUUGGCAAAUCUUGAGUCCAUAGGUGGAAUGGAUGACGUUAUUGCCCAGCUCAUGGAACUGAUUGGUUUGCCUAUAUUACAUCCGGAAAUAUAUUUGUCCACUGGAGUGGAGCCACCUCGUGGUGUUUUGUUACAUGGACCGCCCGGUUGUGGUAAAACGUCCAUAGCUAAUGCAUUAGCGGGCGAGUUACAAGUCCCUUUUAUCUCGAUAUCAGCACCCUCUGUUGUUAGCGGUAUGUCGGGGGAAAGUGAGAAAAAGAUUAGAGAUCUGUUUGAAGAAGCUAAAACCUUGGCACCCUGUCUCAUAUUUUUCGAUGAGAUUGAUGCUAUCACACCAAAACGUGAUGGCGGAGCUCAAAGAGAAAUGGAAAGAAGAAUAGUGGCCCAACUUCUCACUUCAAUGGAUGAGCUUUCCAUGGAAAAGACAAACGGUAAACCUGUCAUUGUCAUUGGAGCUACAAAUAGGCCUGAUUCCUUAGAUGCUGCUCUGAGAAGAGCAGGAAGAUUUGAUAGAGAGAUUUGUUUGAACGUUCCUAACGAGAUUUCAAGAGAAAACAUCCUUAAGAAAAUGUCACAGAAACUAAGACUCGAUGGUUCUUUUGAUUUUGUGAGACUUGCCAAAUUGACCCCCGGUUUCGUUGGUGCAGAUUUGAAGGCACUUAUAACAGCAUCUGGUACUUGUGCUAUAAAGCGUAUAUUUCAAGAAUAUGCUACACUACUUCCCCCACAGGACAAUAAGAUGGAUGUUGAUCGGGAUGCAGAAGCGGCGCACGCUCUUAAAAACACCGCUGACAUGAUUGACCCCCUGCCACUUUCGACAAUCCAGAAGUUUAUUCAAAAUUUCCCCGAGCCUUUGAGUGAGGAGCAAUUACAAAACUUAACCAUUACCUAUGACGAUUUCUUGAAAGCACUACCGACAAUUCAACCAACCGCAAAAAGGGAAGGAUUUGCAACGGUUCCCGAUGUGACGUGGACAGAUGUGGGUGCUCUUUCAAAGGUCAGAAUCGAACUAAAUAUGGCAAUUGUUCAGCCCAUCAAAAGACCUGAGCUUUACGAGAAGGUCGGUAUCAGCGCACCAGCAGGUGUAUUGCUUUGGGGCCCACCAGGCUGUGGUAAAACGCUUCUCGCUAAGGCCGUUGCAAAUGAAUCUCGUGCCAACUUCAUAUCCAUAAAAGGUCCUGAACUGCUAAAUAAAUAUGUCGGUGAAUCAGAAAGAGCAAUAAGGCAAGUUUUCACCAGAGCUCGUGCUUCUGUUCCGUGUGUAAUAUUUUUUGAUGAGUUGGACGCUCUUGUCCCAAGACGUGACACAUCGCUAUCUGAAUCAUCGUCGCGAGUUGUAAACACAUUGUUAACGGAAUUGGAUGGACUUAAUGACAGACAUGGAAUAUUUGUCAUAGGCGCUACAAAUAGGCCUGAUAUGAUUGAUCCAGCAAUGUUGAGACCUGGUCGAUUAGAUAAGACUCUCUUCAUUGAGCUUCCUAAUACUGAGGAAAAGCUGGAUAUCCUGAGAACGCUCACAAAAUCAAAUGGCACGCCUAUGGCAUCCGAUGUUGAUUUGAAUAAGGUAGUUUUAGACUCUCGUUGUGGGAAUUUUUCAGGUGCUGACAUUGCAGCUUUGCUAAGAGAAAGUUCGGUUCUGGCACUUAAGAGAAGUUUCUUUAAAACAGAUCAAAUCCAGUCUGUUCUAGACAAUAAUCUCGAUAAAGAGUUCGAAGAUUUAACGGUGGGUGGCUCAAAUGAAGAAGUUUUGGUCACAAUGGCUGAUUUUACCAAUGCGCUUAAGAAAAUAAAACCCUCUGUCAGCGAAAAAGACAGGGCAAAGUAUGAUAAAUUGAAUAAGAAAAUGGGGUGGAACGACGAAGUGGAGCUGCAAGGAGAAAAUGACACCAUCCAAAAUAGUAGUUGA